AUGAUCAAAAGGCGGAUGCUUUUGGGGGACGGGUUGCAAGUUACUACAAUGAGAAUCUUCCCAAGGUUCAACGAUAGUGCAAAUGUUAUACGAUCACAUUGGCACAAUACAAUCCAAAAGAAGGUAUAUCGAUUCAACGCAAAUUACAAUAGUAUUUAUAGUUCAUAUCGAAGUGGUCACAGUGAUGAAGAUAUAUUGAGGUUUGCGUACGAAAAAUAUCUAUCUGAAAACAAUGGUGUUGCAUUCAAUCUCGAACAUGUGUGGAGAAUUGUCAAAGACCGUCCAAUGUUUACUCCACAGUCCGCUGAUCACUUUGUGGCGACAAAGAAGACGAGGACCUCAGAGUCUGGAGCAAGCAACACCUCCUCCAACCAAGAUGUGAGUAUAGACCUGGAUUAUGAAGAUACUCGUCCAAUGGGGCAAAAGGCAGCAAAAAGAAAGGGGAAAGACAAAGUAAAAUCGACCAUGGAGGAUCUGACAGUAAACUACAACAAUAUUAUCACAAAGUUCACUGAGUACACAAGCGUGAAGAAGUCCGAAGUCGAUUUGAAACAAAAACAACUUGAAGUAGAGGAGAUUAAGGCAAAAGCUGCAUUGUCCAAAUCUGAAGCUAAGAAUCGUCGCUUGAAGUUGAAGGAGUACGAAAUAUUGAACAAAGACACCUCGCAGAUGACAAAGGAGCAGCUUAUCAUACAUGAAUGCCUAUGCAAGGAUAUUAGGUCGAGAUGGAAUAUCUAA